AUGGCUUGUCCAUACUACAUCAAGAUUAGAAUGUUAAGAAAAGAGGGAUUCAAUUUUCUUGAAUUACUGGAGUUCCAAGGUCUGUCAAGUCUCGUCCAAAUGAAAGAUGCGUGGUAUCCUGAUUUGGUGGAAGUAUUUUACCACAAUCUUAAAUUUGAAAAUGGCAUCAUGAGAAAAUGGGAUAGGUCAUGGGCAGAUGCUGCAAGCAGAGGAUCUUUCUUAGACAGGUCACCAGAAGAUGGGAUAAAUCUAAUAGAACGUAAGGUUGUAGAUAAUCAGCAAUAUGGAACAAGAGAAAAUUCAGUAACUUUGCUGAAAGGAGUACAUGAAAUUGAAAACGGUGUAGUUGAUGGAAGGAGGAUAGAUGAAAGAUUGAAUAAUUUAGAAAGCAAACUCGACAAGAUUGCAAGUAUGUUUAAAGCCUCCACUCCACAAAUUGCUAAGAAGUGUGGAAUUUGCAUUUCAACUGAUCACUACACUGAUGAAUGUCCAAGCUUGAUGGAAACUACUGUGGAAAACCCAUCUCAAGUUUUUGCUGCAAACACUUUUGGAGGAAACAGACCAUACCAGAAUUAUCAUGAUUCAUCCUCAAAUAGGUAUCAGCAGAACUGGCAACCUUAUGUUCCACCUCAACAAAGGCAUCAACCUCAACCUGAAAUGUCACUACAAGAUUUCAUGAAAAUAAUGCUUGAGCAAAAUUCAGAGAUCAAGAAAUCAAUUGUAUAUUUGACUCAGAGGGUGAAAAAGUUAGAGGCUAAGGAGUCAAAUAAGCUGCCUGCACAAACAGUGAUCAACCCACAAAAUGUAAGUGCUAUUACUUUAAGAACGGGUAAGCAAGUACAAGGCCCUGAAGGAGUCCAAGAGGAUGAAGAUAAGAAGAAAGAAGANGAACAAGUUGAUGACAAUGGAGGACCAAAUGAACCAUCACCUGAGACUACCACUGAAAAAUCUAGGUUAGUACCUCCUAACUCUUCUUCUAAAAAUUCUUCUUCAUCUUAUUCUCCACCUCCUCCAUAUCCCAAUCGGUUGAAGCUGAGAAACAAAAAAAUGGAGGAGUUAGACCAAGAGAUCUUGAAUACUUUCAAAAAGGUGGAGAUCAACAUUCCCUUGCUAGAUGUUGUUAAGCAAAUCCCCAAAUAUGCCAAGUUUUUGAAAGAAAUUUGCAUAAAUAGAAGGCGGUUUAGGGAUAAUGAGGUUGUGAAUUUGGGAAGAAAUGUGUCAAGCUUGAUUAAGAAACAUAUUAAAAUACCACGAAAAUGCAAGGAUCCAGGUAUGUUUUCUAUUCCUUGUGUUAUUGGGAAUUCAAAGUUUGACAAUGCCAUGCUAGAUUUAGGGGCUUCGAUUAAUGUAAUGCCUUUAUCANUGUUUACUUCUCUAUCUUUGGGACCUCUUAAGACUACUGGUGUGGUCAUUCAACUGGCCAACUGUAGAACAUUUAACCCUGUAGGUGUGCUUGAGGACGUGCUUGUCCAAGUAGACAAGUUAAUUUUUCCUGCAAAUUUUUAUAUCUUGGACAUGAAGGAUGAUGAAGGAAUCAGUCCAACAACUAUUAUCUUGGGAAGACCCUUCAUGAUGAUAGCACGAACCAAGAUAGAUGUGCAUGCAGGAUCAUUGACAUUGGAGAUAGGAGACGAGAAAGUGCGCUUCAACGUGUUGGAAUCUGGGAACUGUCCAAUUUGCAUUUCUAGUGACCUAACAAUAGCUUGA